AAGAUGAAUUUGAAUUAUUGAAUGAACUUAUUGUAAUCCUUUCUCCUUUCGAUGAAGCAACGCAAUUUUUAAGCAGAUCCGAAUAUCCAACACUUGGUUUUAUGACACCAAUGUUGGAAGAACUUACUUGCCAGCUUAGGCAAUUUACUGAACAAAGUUAUAAAGCAAUUCUUGUGAAAGACACGAUCUUGAAUAACUUAGUUGAACGUUGA